AUGUCGAGUACCAUACUUGCUGCUGUUUUGUUCCAACUGGUGGCGUGGGCAGCGUCACUGGAAAUCCGCCAGAGCAGCGGGCGCAACACUUGCACAGUUGCCUCCAAGUACAGGUCUUCCGGUGGCAAGGCUGAUGAUUCCCCUGCGGUUGCAGCGGCGUUCGCAAAAUGUGCCGAAGAUUCGACGAUAGUUUUCAGCGAGGGAGUCGACUACAACGUCCUUCAACCCAUCGUGGCGAGUAAUCUUUCCAAUGUCGUCAUCCAGAUGCAGGGUAACAUCCAUCUUCCCAAGAACAUCACCGCUAUCCAGGAGAUUGUGAACAAGACAACAGCUGCGACCAACGCCUCCGCUCUCUACUGGUUCACUUUUUCAGGUCCUUCCAUCAACUACAUCGGUACGCAAAAUGUCACUAACGGCUGGAUUGACAGCUACGGUCAGGCUUGGUGGGACGCCAAUCCCAAGAACGGCAGUGGAACGCCGUCACGACCGCAUCUGAUGAGCUUCAACACAACCAACGGCUCCAUGAGAUAUUUUAAAUCUCGCAAGCCGAUUGCAUGGGGAAUCCAAGUGAGCGGUAACAAUAUCACCAUUUCAGACACAGUCAUCGACGCUGUCUCGGCGACUGAAGGGUUUCCUUUCAACACAGACGGAUUCGAUGUUGGGGGUAGCAAUAUCCAGAUCCUGAACAGUGUCAUUUUUAACGGUGACGAUGCGAUUGCAGUACAGGCAGGAGCCAGCAACAUCCUGUUUCAAGGAGGCACCAUCGGCUAUCAGAGCCACGGUAUGAGCAUCGGGUCUCUGGGUCAGAACCAAGCAAAGUGGGCCAAUGUCUCAGAUGUCAAGUUCGACGACAUCACGGUGAUAAACGCGGUCUAUGCUUCUCGGUUCAAGUCUUGGAUUGGAGGCAAGGGUCUGGCAAGGAACAUCACCUGGUCCAACAUCAGGGUGUACAACGUGACAUUUCCGAUCUUCGUAACGCAGACGUACGUGAACCAGGGAUCCGCACAGACCCAGAUCGAGAAUGGAACGACUGUUGGAAGACCGAACAACUCGACCGUCAAUAUGGAAGACUUCACGUGGGCGAAUUUCACGGGGACAAUCAACACAUUUAAUCCAGGUGAUGGUUCCUGCGUUAGCGAUCCAUGCUGGUACAAUGUCGGACUGCCGAACCUUCAACACACCGAGGCCAUCAUCAUCGAGUGCAACACCAACACUUCCUGCAAGAACUUCGCGCUCGAGAAUAUCCAGGUGUUUCCGGAAACAUUCACACCGGCGACGGUGAUCUGCUUGAAUGCCUCUGCGUCGCUGAACCCGGACCUCGGCUUCAAUUGUGCGAAUGGGACGUAUACCCCCGUCUGA